CCCGAGUCAUUACUUCGCACCUUGACUUGAUACCUUUGCCUACGCGUAGUAUCGCGUUAUACAGACCCCCAUGGCUCUCAUACAUAUCGACGAAUCUACGGGUUCUGAUGCAACAGGGAAAGGCACUUCAGAUCAGCCUUAUCAGUCGCUGGCUUUUGCUCUUUUCACACGUGGCUCGUCGGACGGCUUUCUGACUCGAAAAGACCCAUCAGGGACAUAUGAAGAGCCUACCCAGUCCUCAAUGAAAAAGGCCAAAAAGAAUGCUGAUGGCUUAGAGAAGAAACGCAAAAAGCAGGAAGAACUCGCGGAGCAAAAAGCGAAGGCGCAGGGUGAUGAGCAGGAGAGGAGGGAGAAGUUGCUCGAGGAGAGCAAGAAAAUCAUUCUGACGGAAGAUCCAUCGUUACCUUCGGUUAAGAAGGCAAAGAUAUCCCAGCUAUCUGAUCUACGUUCUCAACGCGUCCGUGUAUUUGGAUGGGUUCACCGACUGCGAUCCCAAAAAGGUAUCAUAUUCGUGGUCCUCAGAGAUGGAACUGGGUAUCUACAGACAGUUCUUUCGGGUGUGGUCAGUCAAACAUACGACGCCUUGACUCUGACGCUGGAGUCAUCAAUAGAACUUGUCGGUACCUUGCAAGUCGUUCCAGAAGGGAAGACAGCACCGGGUGGACAUGAACUCAUUGUUGACUACUGGAAAAUCGUGGGAGCUGCCCCUGGAGCUGACGAUGCGUUUACCAACCGCUUAAACGAGAAAUCCGACCCAUCUAUCCAAGCUGAUCUCCGUCAUUUGGUCAUUAGAGGAGAGACCGCCUCAUCUGUUCUUCGGCUCCGCGCACACUUACUUAGCGCCUUCCGCGACUCUCUAGUCAAACACCACCUGCUCGAAGUAACCCCGCCAUGUCUUGUGCAAACCCAAGUCGAGGGUGGUGCUACCCUCUUCAGUUUAAACUACUAUGGCCAGCCUGCUUACCUCACGCAAAGUUCCCAACUGUACCUCGAGACAUGCUUACCCAGUCUCGGGGACGUGUUCUGCGUCCAAGAAAGUUUCAGAGCUGAGAACAGCCAUACUAGAAGGCAUCUAAGCGAGUACACCCAUCUUGAGGCUGAGCUCGCCUUUAUCAGCUUUGAAGAUCUCAUGGAUCACAUCGAGACAAUCAUCUGCGAAACGGUUGAUCAGCUCUUGGCCAACCCCGUCUCAGCAGGCCUCAUUCAGCAACUCAACCCCGGAUUCAAAGCUCCGGAACGACCGUUCAAGCGCAUGUCGUACUUUGAUGCUAUCGCAUGGCUUGUCGAACAUGGAAUCAAACACGCCGCCGAAGAUGCAGAGGGGAAUGUCAUCCUUGAUGAGUCGGGCCAAGCAAAGAUGGUGGACCAUGUUGUUGGAGAUGAUAUUGCGGAGGCUGCAGAGAGGCAGAUGACGGAUAUCAUUGGGACGCCAGUGUUCUUGCACUCUUUCCCAGCUGAGCUCAAGGCGUUCUAUAUGAAGAAGCUGCCAGCCGAGGAAGGCGCGAAAACUGUUUACACCGAAAGCUGUGAUUUGCUGAUGCCAAACGUCGGUGAGAUCGUGGGUGGCUCGAUGAGGAUUUCUGAUAUGGAGGAGUUGCUGGCUGCAUAUAAGCGCGAGGGGAUUGAUUCAACACCGUAUUACUGGUUCACCGAUCAGCGUAAGUAUGGGACUUGCGAGCAUGGCGGGUACGGAUUGGGAGUUGAGCGCUUCCUUGCGUGGCUUGCGAACCGGUUUACCGUCAGAGAGUGUUCCUUGUACCCAAGGUGGCCUGGACGUGCUACUCCCUAGAUGUUGUGUGUGUGACAUUGUAGAAGUUACUCUACUAGACCUAAUAAUGAAGGUUUGACUAUUGACUAGACUGCUUAUUGAUGUUCGACCGCAAAACGGGACUAGCCGUAUACUUGGAUUACUUUUUCACAGCAAAGAUGUCACCGACUCACUGUUUUCGUCUCAAAAUCAAGUACGACUCCAUAUGUGUUGCCUAAUCUUGGUUUUCGUAUCGCACGCUACUGUAGUAGCUCCCCUCUGUUACCUUGGUGAGAUGUGGACUUAUAUAAGAAG